CAAGCAAGCAGAGUCCGUGUGUUCGCGCCCAUCCCGUAUCCGGUCCGGACAGGAUCCGAACCAGUCGAAAUUGAGAUCUGCUCGCGUUCGGUUCGGUUCCAGCUUCCAGCUGUGCUGUGUUCUAUCUGUCUUUAGUAGUGCGGCGCAAACGUUUGCUCCACCAAGUGGUUGUUGUUUGGUCUAGCCAGGAGUCUGGUUGCUUUUGCAUCGCCCUUCCUCGCGGGGUAGCCCUUUCCCAGUGGAUCCGCUUGGAGGUCCUGAAGAUUGUACCGUGUGUACCCGCGAGUGUGUGUGUAUGUGUGCUGGUGACUAGUGCAGUGUGUACUUUCCAAUUCUGCCAGUGAGGCGUGCAAUUGAGACUACGGGGGUCUUGAAGCAGCCACCCCCUCAGCCGUUGUUGGAAGGGUGGUUUUCGAUUUCGGUCGACGUUCGGUUUGAUCUCGGUUACCAAGAAGACACAAAAGCGGAUUACUCGGAAACGGGCCGGAGUCACGAUACCGAAAUAUGAUAAGAAGUAAUCUAAUUUUUGGCUGAAUAAAUGAAAUGUGCAUGCAGUGUACGGGAAUCUUUCCACUCAGGCUCGAUGAAAGAGAGCAAAUAGGAGAUGAACAUGCAGCACGGCCGACAUCAUCGGAACGGGCACCCUCGUCGUAAAGGACAUCUCCGCCAAUAAUGGUGCUGGAGGACAACAAAAUAUUCGAAGUGGAUUAGAGUUAACUAGAGUAGAAGUUAAAUGGUAGUUUCGAAAGUUAGUUCUGAAGUAGUUAUAAAAUCAAUCGAGAGAGAAGUGUCUCGGUAAAGUGAAGUGAAGUGAAGAGCCCCUUAUCGAUUCGAAGUGAAUCCAGCAAAGUUGAAGGUGUUUUAUCUGGCUUUAGUAAGCUGGGGGUCCUCAGCCAAUCGAGAAGUGCCACCCUCAAAACAACCAAACUUAACCGAAAGCCGGCGGUCAGCCUCAAUCACGACGCCUAGCAAGGAGAAAAGUGCGAAAAAGUGUUUGCCAUUAACCUAAUCAAGUUUGUCGUUAAAAUGUGGAAUCGUCUCUCGCCGACCAAUUCCAAUAAACUGAUGCUCGAACAUGGUAAUCAUAGCAAUAGUAGAUGCAAUAAUAUCAAUACCAUCACCACCUCCAGCCAUCCCAGUAGGACCGGUGCUGCGAUCGCUGGCGCCCUCUGUGCCGUCGUUAGUCCCUCCAUCAUCGCCACAACCACCACCAAUAAAACCAAUAACUCCAAUAAUAAAAAUAAUAACAACAACAGUAGUAGCAAUUUUAAUUCCAAAACCACCACCACCACUACCACCACCAAUAAUACCACCACUAGUACCACCUCUACCACCAGUAGUAGCAAUAAUAAGCCCAACAAAAUUUUAUCGAUCGAUAUGGAAAUCCGUAUACAAAAUAAGUGUAUUUCAGCAUAGCGGAUCACUCUGGAGGGACCGGAACCCCCCUGGAUGCAAGGCCCCCUCAAGGUGGCAUUUCUGGGGGCCUCCGGCGUUGGUCGCACUAGUAUACUGCAGCAAUUUUUCAAGCAUGACUUCCCAAAGACUCACGUUCGCACCAGCCGCCGCUCGGUGUACCGAAGCUGUCUGGUGUGCGACACUUGCAUCCGGGAGCUGAUGGUGAUCGAUGUGCCGCCGCAGAGACGCUUCCCCGUCGACAAUCUUGCCGAGUGGAACAACGGCCACCCGCUGGGGCUCCGAACGGUGCACACCUACGUCCUUGUGUACGACAUGGGCAACCUCGAGACGUUCCAGUACUGCCGCAGCAUGCGUGAUCAAAUCUUAGAAAGCUUUAAUCAUCGUGAUUUUAAAAUUAUGGUUGUGGGCAACAAGCUCGAUCUGGUAUCGGAAACCAUUCCGCACACUCAGGAAUUAAAAGACAUCUCCACGCUGGUUCGGAAGCACUGGCGCUGUGGUUACGUCGAAUGUUCUGCCAAGCACAACUACAAAAUUGGCGACAUUUUCAAAGAACUGAUGGGCUACCCGGUGGGCGGCACGGCACCCAAGCUGGAGUUUUCCCAAUCGAUUAGGAACAAAAACAAAUGCACAAUUCUCUAGUAGUAGCUGUAAGUGUGCGCGCUGGUUGAAGCAGAAUGACAAAACGGUGCCACAAAGUUGCAUUGCAGCAGCAGCCUUUUUUUUUCGUGGUGGAUGAAUGUCGGAUGUGGAACUGUGUGCGCUGAAUUCCGGUCUAGAGGGGAUGAGUUCAACCGGGAAGAACGAGGACUGCGGUCAAUUUCGGCCGAGUGAUUUCAGGAGUGAGAUAGUAAUCGGAGCACAAAACGAUGGACGAAACUUACGGUGCGACACCAGGGGAAGUGUCAACGGAAUCAAGCCUAACAAUAGGGUUACAUACAAGUCGUGUACACUAGUGAGUAGGGAGAAGUAGCAACAACAACUACCGCAACCGUUUGCGAACAUGUAGAUACAACUCGGAGGAACCAUUCCGAAACAGUAAAACCAUGUUGACUAUUGAUAUCUAGGAAGUUAAUUGUCGUUAAAUCGAUCGGCACACUUUUGUGUCACUUGACUGUGUAAAGUUAUACCAUACCUAGGGAAGGAAUGUACACGACAAAAUGGUGGUCAACGUGCUUUGGUGAUAUAAAGUUAUGUCUUGCUCAAAUUAAAAUUUCUGUCAUAUUUUUCAUGGCUCUGUGCGUGUCGUGUGCCCUUUUCCCUGAUUAUGGGAGUCAGUUCAACUCCGGUUUUUGCUGCACUGACGUAGUCAUUUUCUUACACUUUCCUUGAUCCUCAGUACUAACGUUUCCAUCACAAGAAUAUCUCUUGAAAUGCGCCAGGUGUUUCGUUUGAAGUCCUUCCAGGGAUUUUUCUUGGAAUUUAAUUCAGGAUGUCGCACAGUGAAAAGAUGAAUGCCGGGAACGAUGAAGUCUCUUUUCACAAAAAAAACUCACGGUGUUCCUCUGUACUUACAUCCAUUUUUUUCAGAAUUCUGUUUGAAAUCGUGCUGAAGGUUUUGAUGUAUUUCUUCCUGAUGUUUUCCAAGAUUUUUUGCAAUGUUCUCCAAUUUUUUUUAUCAGGAAUUUCUGCAGAUGUACCCUGCAAUUCUUCCCGCGGGUUCCUUACGGUGUUUUCUCUGUUUUUUUUUCUUUAUCUGAAUUUCGAGAUUUCAUCUGAGAUUUCUCCCAAAUGUUUCUCCGAAGUUUAUUCUGAUAUUUCCCAGCGAAAUUUCUUCGAGAGGUUUUUCUAGAAAUGCGUACAGAGUAGCCCAAGCAAUUUCUCAUAGUUCCUUUAAGGUUACUCCCGUAAUUUCUCCUGGAAUUUCAGAAUUAAUUUUCUAUCAGUUUCUCCCAGGAUUUCCCAGUAGUACCUGCGGGAUAUCUCUUGGUGUUCCCCCAAAGAAAACUCUGAUAGCUCCUCUUGGGCUUUCUCCGGCGUUUCUCUUAGAGGUUUUCCACUUGAUAUGAUCGCAGGAUUUUUCAUGGAUUCUUGGAAUCGAUGGACGUUUUUGUUAGCGCUCCUCAAGAGUUUUCCCCAAAGUUCUUCCAGGAUAUCUUCGCGAGUUUCUCACGGCAUUUCGGAAGUGUUUCGUUCGGGAUUUCCAGAAGAAUCUUUCGGGAUUUAUUUCUGAACUUCUACCAGUUUUUUUCCAAAGAUGUUCCAAUGUUUUCUCUCUGAGUAUUGUUGCGAGGUUUUUCGCAGAGAUCUUCGUAAGAUAUCUCAAAGAUGGUUUGCCUUAAUUUCGGAGUAUAUCGGAGUUCUUCCAUGGAGAGUUUCUUAGUACCUCCUUUGAUUUAUUAUGGAGAUUUUCUCGAGGUUUGGUUUAUUCUGUAAGUUUUUUUUACUGCGCUGCAAGCAAGAUUUCCUGGAAUUUCUUAUAGAAUUAGACCGGGAAGUUACCUUAACCUUAGUAAGGUCUUGGGGUCUUUUUUGACCUUUUCCGAAUUUCAAUUCGCUAUAGCUUUUGUUUCGAAAGGCCUAGAAAUCUGAAAUUUUCAGACAAUUAUUUUUUUUGUGGAAAACUAUCAUUUCCAUUCAUCCAAAACAUUGGACGACCCCUAGGGGAGCUCCCAUAAAAAAAGUUACAAAUAAGACCCUGGGGUCAUUUUUGACCCCAAACUUUGAACGGCUCUCAAAAAUCAGUGGCUGGGCCGAUUUUGAUUUUCUUUGGCCCAAAUGAAAGCCACACAUGUCUAGUUUUCAAAACCCCCGGAGAGUUCCGGAUUUGGUCACUGUGGCCACCGGGAACCUGCUUCAACUGAAAAAUGCCGCUUUAGAGACCCUAACUUUGGCAAGCUAUAACUUUGCAACCAAACAAGUAAUCAGGACCGUUCAAGAAUCGUUGGAAAGGUAUUCUCGUGGACUUUGAUUAAAGACAUUAAUAUUGACUAAUUCUUAAGAACCGGUUCCGGAAAUCCGGAACAUCCGGAAAGUAAUGUUUUUCACGAUAACGUGCUAGAAAGCACAUUCAUUUUAUUUACAGGAUAGAAGUUUUUGCAUCAAACUUCUUUAGGCCAUAAUACAAUCUGUCGAGAACUAUUUCUGUAUGUUUCUGGUUAUGUCCCGUCCUUCUGGAACCGGUUCCAGGGAUCCCACAAGAUGGCCAACGAGUUGACUGUAACGAAAUUGAACGGUUUUCCGCGCUAAACACAUCUGCGUUGGUUAACUCAUGAUGAAAUCUCAAUAAUUUUACAUGCUCCAUAUUGUUGUGAUAUGUAAAAAUAUUGUUGGACAUUGUGGUCUUAUGUGGCCACCGGAGUGACCACCGGAGAAACCCGUAUUGAGGGACUUCCUUGUUUUUGCAACAAAGAUAGGCAUUCGACGGCUCUAACUUCAUGAUUUUUCAUGGCCAUGUGGGUUCUGGCAUUAAAUAGAAGAAUUGACCAAUCUGGUCUGUUUUGGCUACCGGAGUGACCACCGAAGAAAUCCGUAUUGAGGGAGUUUCAUGUUUUUGCAAUAAAGAUAGGCAUUCGACGGCUCUAACUUCAUGAUUUUUCAUGGCCAUGUGGCUUCUGGCAUUGAAAAGAAGAAUUGGCCACAAUGGUCUGUUUUGGCCACCGGAGUGACCACCGGUGAAACUCGUAUUGAGCGAGUUUCAUGUUUUUGCAACAAAGAUAGGCAUUCGAAGGCUCUAACUUCAUGAUUUUUCAUGGACAUGUUGCUUCUGGUAUUGAAAAGAACAAUUGAAUGUUCUGGUCCGUUUUGGCACUGGCUAGGUCCACGGCGACGGCGACGACGACGAAGUGAUGAUGAAGAAUAAAUUAACGACAGUUUGUUUUUUUUUUUUGAGACCACGCAAAGUAGUUGGAACGAAACGAGGAUAAUGAUCGAGCAUAUGAUGAUGAGGAUCAACAACGGGGCGCAAGAAUUUUUUUAGGGAUUACCAAUCGUGAUGUUGUCAGAGGCGUAGCUGGAUGUUUAUCAUACGUUAUUUAUUUAUCGGCGCAAAUAUUGUGGAUACGACAGUUGUGGAAAUUUUACUAUACUGUUAUUGAAAGCUUUAUUGAAUUAAGGCUCUGAUUCAUUUGACGGACUUUGUGGUUUGAUGUUUAAUGUUCCUGAUUACUCCUGGGCACUGGGUUUUAUCCCUGGCCCUGGCCAGUCUCUUUCAACCUAUUUUAUUACUUUGUAUAUACAGUCGAGACUCUUAUAAGAUCACUGGUCGGGGGGCGCAAUAGAAAUCCGCUUAAUAGGAGACUUUCGGCCUUUUGGGGGUAUGGCCUAUUAUCUCGGGUGUGUUAAGAGUUAGCGCAAUACUUUCUUUGGCAAAGUUUUAGGGCUUGAUAAGAUCUACCAUUUAGAACUUUGGUUCAUAGGAUUAGUUGGCAACUUG